AUGUAUGCGUAUCCAAUAUCGCCCAACGCAAACGCGGCGUCCCAGAGUUUAGACACGCUUUUGCACUUCGACGCUCAUCUACUCGUCCCUCUUCGGGACACUGCACCCCUCCCCAAAGCGCCCCAGAUCAAAACCCAAACACAACUCCAAGCCCCCAAGGGUCUCAAACGCAAACCCCGCCCCAGCGCCAAAGCCAAAGCCAGCGCCAAAGCAAGCGCCAAAGCAAGCCCCCACCCUCCGCACCGUCGCCUCCUCGAAGCCUCCACCAUCGCCCCAUACGGCCGCGGCACAGUAGACCUGCGCAUCCGCGCGCAGUGGGCUGCGCGCGUGCAGGCGGAGAAGGAGGAGAGGGCUAUAGCUGUGCUUACAUCCGGGAUAGAAAAAUUGGGGACGGAGCCUUUGCUGCAAGAAAAGAUGGAGGGGAGAGGGGUGAGAAAGGGAAAGAGGGACGGACUGGGGUGGGAAGGGAAGGGGAAAGAAAGGGAGACGGUGGAUGAGAAGGUUGGUGGAAUGGGGAUGGAAAUGGGCAUGGGGAUAGUUAUGCACAGGGAGAUUUACCGUGUGGGUGUUCCUAUAGCUAUGCCUUUACCUUUGCCUUUGCCUGUCACCACUAUCUCAGCGGAGGCUUCUUCUUCUCAAUCUUCUUCCUCACUUCAACGAUACCGCGAGGACGUACGCCGCAUGGAGCGCAGACAUCCUACGGCCCUCACACCCGGAUAUAGCACCAUCCCCGAAGAACAAGAGCGCUUAGGAGAGGAGUCUAUCGCUACUGAGGACAGCGACGACGGGUCCGAAAUACGGCGGCGGUGGCCAUCUGCAGAGCAGACGAUCCAGCGACGCAGUCUACGACGCGAAGAGAGGCGCAAUUGGUUUCAGACACCUCCCCGGGGUCGGGGGUGUACUUCUACGCUCGCGGUGGUUGGCAAGAAGAGCGACCAGGAAAGCGACAGCGUGCUGAGCGAUGAGGAGAAGCGCAUAAGGGUUGAAGCUAAGAACGUGAUUUUUGGUUGCAAGGGUGAGGAUAGGUUAGUCCGGGUGAGAAAAGUGGGUUGA